GCUGGUGCUUGUAGGGGGCAGCUGGGGCCAGGAGGGGCCACCGGGCCAGAUCAGGGCGUUGGUGGGCGGGAUCAGCGGCGCCAAGGCACAGGGCGGGCGUGCUUUUGGCGGAGAGUUGGAGGAGUUACCGAGCUGGGCUACUGUGGCAGCGGGGCGCGGAGCUGGGUGCGCGCAGAGCUUCUGCCUCCCGCCGCCUCCUCGCCCUCCAUUCCUCGUUCCCUGUCUUCCCCCGGCCACGCCGCGACUGCGCUGCCACCGCCUCCCUGGGAACGGUCGCCGGGGGAGGGGGCCCUGUGCGGUCGAAGCCCGCUGGGAGGUGCAGGACACCCACACCCGGUGCAGGGGAGCGCGCCCGGCCCUGCCCGAGAUCAGAUAACUGCGGCGGGGGAGGGGGUGGGUUGGCGGUGCUUGCCGCGGGACUGAGCGACAGAAGCUAGCGGCGAGCCCGGAGCGAGCGUCGAGUGGCUGGGGGCGCCGUCUGGGCGUGCGCCCCCGACCCAUGGCUGGCUGGUGGCGCCCGGCGCCAGGGAGCGACGCGCCCCUCGGCGUGGAGCGCUCCCAGGGGCUGCGCUGAGGCGGCGGCAGCAACGGUGGCAAUGCAGCCAGCGCAGCGGCGGCCGGGACCGGGAACGGCCGCGCGGAGCUUGGAGGACGCGGGACGCGCCGCGCCCCGGCCACUGACCGAGAAGUCCCCCUGCCUGGAGUCAGCCUGGGGGCAGGCCAGGGUCCACCAGACCCCGGGAUGACCGCAGCCAGCCGGGCCAACCCCUACAGCAUCGUAUCAUCAGAGGAGGACGGGCUGCACCUGGUUACCAUGUCAGGCGCCAACGGUUUUGGCAAUGGCAAGGUGCAUACACGGCGCCGAUGCCGCAACCGUUUUGUCAAGAAGAAUGGCCAAUGUAACAUUGAGUUUGCCAACAUGGAUGAGAAGUCACAGCGCUACCUGGCUGACAUGUUUACCACGUGUGUGGAUAUCCGCUGGCGCUACAUGCUGCUCAUCUUCUCUCUGGCAUUCCUUGCCUCCUGGUUGCUGUUCGGCAUUAUCUUCUGGGUCAUUGCUGUUGCCCAUGGAGACCUGGAGCCAGCCGAGGGCCGUGGCCGUACACCCUGUGUGCUGCAGGUCCAUGGCUUCAUGGCAGCCUUUCUCUUCUCCAUUGAGACCCAGACCACCAUUGGCUAUGGGCUCCGCUGUGUGACUGAGGAGUGCCCCGUGGCUGUCUUCAUGGUGGUGGCACAGUCCAUUGUGGGCUGUAUCAUUGACUCCUUCAUGAUUGGUGCCAUCAUGGCCAAGAUGGCACGGCCCAAGAAGCGAGCGCAGACUCUGCUUUUCAGCCAUAAUGCUGUGGUGGCUCUGCGUGACGGCAAGCUCUGCCUGAUGUGGCGCGUGGGCAACCUUCGCAAGAGCCACAUUGUAGAGGCCCAUGUGCGGGCCCAGCUCAUCAAGCCCAGGGUCACGGAGGAGGGUGAGUACAUCCCACUAGACCAGAUUGACAUUGACGUGGGCUUUGACAAGGGCCUAGACCGUAUCUUUCUGGUAUCACCCAUCACCAUCUUGCACGAGAUUGACGAGGCCAGCCCACUGUUUGGCAUUAGCCGUCAGGACCUCGAGACAGAUGACUUUGAGAUUGUGGUCAUCCUAGAAGGCAUGGUAGAGGCCACAGCCAUGACCACACAGGCUCGAAGUUCCUACCUGGCUAACGAGAUCCUGUGGGGCCACCGCUUUGAGCCAGUGCUCUUCGAGGAGAAGAACCAGUACAAAAUUGACUACUCACACUUCCACAAGACCUAUGAGGUGCCCUCCACGCCCCGCUGCAGUGCCAAGGACCUGGUGGAGAACAAGUUCCUUCUGCCCAGUGCCAACUCUUUCUGCUAUGAGAAUGAGCUGGCCUUCCUGAGCCGAGAUGAAGAGGAUGAGGUGGCUACAGACCGGGAUGGCCGCAGCCCUCAGCCGGAGCAUGACUUUGACAGACUACAGGCCAGCAGUGGUACCCUUGAGCAGCGGCCCUACAGACGGGAGUCAGAGAUUUGAGUGCCCUUGACUUAGGUGCAACACCAUCCUGACCACGAUGGGUCCCGUGCCCCCUGGGGACCUGGGUUUGAGCAGAGCAAGCCAAAUGCCUCGGGUCACAGACUCAGUAGCAUCCUUAGUCUUUUCAUGUUUUUUCCGCAAUAGCUUGAGGGAAGUUGGCGGGAGAGUGGGUGAUCAGAGUGAACAGCCUGUGGCCUCAGAUGUAUAAGCCUGGGCAAGGAGGUGAACCACAGGAAUGGGGGACUCUGCUGGAGGCCUUGGAAGCAGCUCAGGAGAGGCCCCAGCCCUGGUGGGAGAAAGCUGUGUUGUAUGCACACUUCAUUGGUUUUUAACUUGGAUAAGACUGUUUACAAACAAAAACAAAAACAAAAAAAAACACACAAAAACACUAACAUGUGGUUGAAUUUUUAAAAAUCAUGGUGUGGGAACAGUUAGAAUUCUACUCAGAGCUGCCAGGCAAGCAGCUGGAUGGAGAGCCCUGAAGGUUCUCGGAGGUCUGGUGUCUUCCCUCACACGUGCCAGGGCCCGGCAAGUUGUCAUGCUUGAGGAUGAAUCAGGCUUGUGACCAUGUUAAUGAUCCUAAUAAAGUGUCUGGAUGUCUCUGGGGGUGGGGGCCCACUAGGAUGAAUCUG